AUGAUAUUUAAGUACAUAGUAUGUGUUGCACUAGUUGUUGUGCUCUCAAUUUGUGUCAACAUUGAAGGUCGUAGUGUCUCUAAAUUCUUAACAGAAGAAACUGUAGGGACCAAAUGGGCUGUCCUAGUUGCUGGCUCUAAUGGAUGGUGGAAUUACAGGCAUCAGGCUGAUGUAUGUCACGCUUAUCAGUUACUCAAGAAAGGUGGUCUUAAAGACGAAAACAUUAUUGUAUUCAUGUACGAUGAUAUUGCUAACAAUACUAUGAAUCCUAGACCCGGAGUUAUCAUCAAUAAUCCACAUGGCCAAGAUGUUUACAAAGGUGUUCCUAAGGAUUAUGUAGGUGAAGAUGUUAAUGCUGAAAACUUUUUCAAUGUUAUCCUUGCAAACAAAAGUGGUAUAACUGGAGGAAGUGGUAAAGUUUUGAACAGUGCUCCAAAUGACCAUAUUUUCAUCUACUAUGUUGAUCAUGGUGGCCCUGGAAUUGUUUCAAUGCCAACUGGAGUUGUUUACGCGAAUGAUUUGAUUGAUGUGUUGAAAAAGAAGCAUGGUUCUGGGACAUAUAGUAAACUGGUAUUUUACUUAGAAGCUUGUGAGUCUGGAAGCAUGUUUGACGGUCUUCUUCCUGAAGGUUUAGAUAUUUAUGUAACGACUGCAUCAAAUCCCAAUGAAAGUAGUUGGGGAACAUAUUGUGGUGUGGGUGAUGCACGCGAUCCCUGCCUUGUAGCUUGUCCCCCUCCUGAGUUUAAAGGUGUGUGCUUAGGAGACUUGUACAGUGUUGCUUGGAUGGAGGACAGUGAUGUUCAAGAUCGUCAAACUGAAACUCUAGAUGAUCAGUACGAUAGGGUAAGAGCUUGUGCUAUAUGUAGUCUCGAUUAUGUAUAUGUUUUAACCAAUUAUAGCCUAUUCUAA